AUGCGCCAGCAGAUCGUCACGCGGCUCGCGCGUGCGCUUGCACAGCGCAAUGGGGCUGGGCAAUGGAGCCAAACGCGCCAGUUGAGCGCUGCCAGCCCGGAUCCCGUAUUUUCAGAGCCCGCGAGUGCUCCCGUAGCCAGCAAGGACGGCAAGGUGCUCCACCCCGAUUUGCUGAACGAGAACAUGCGCAAGACGCAGUAUGCGGUGCGUGGCGAGCUCUACCUCAAGGCGGAGGAGCUCAAGAACGCUGGAAAACCCAUUAUCUUCACCAACGUUGGCAACCCGCACAACCUGGGAGCCAAGCCCAUCACGUUCACACGCCAGGUCAUCGCGCUCUGCGCGGCGCCCUUCCUUCUGCAGCACCCCAAGGUGGCGGAGCUCUUCCCCGCCGACGCGAUCGAGCGCGCCAAGAAGCUGCUCGGCGCCUUCAGCGGCGGCAUCGGCGCCUACCAGGACAGCCGCGGCAACUUCCUGGUGCGCCAGGAGGUGGCCGACUUUAUCAAGGCCCGCGACGGCCACGCCGCCGACCCCAACAGCAUCUUCCUGACCGAUGGCGCGAGCGUGGCUGUGCGCAUGUGCCUCAACGCCGCCAUCCGCGGCCCCCAGGAUGGCAUCCUGGUGCCCAUCCCGCAGUACCCCCUGUACAGCGCAUCCAUCCAGCUGUACGGUGCGAUGGGUGCCCGAUUAGGAGGGUUGCGGCGGUGUCGGUCGGACGCACAGGGCGUGUAA